AUGGAGUCUACAUCAUUAUUGCCAACAUUUUUAGAUGCAGAUCUGACAGUUUUACGUAUUGAGUGUCUUCCCAAGGAUAUUCUUGUGAAAUUUCAAGGCAAAAAUAAUUGUGUGUGUCAGUUUGACUAUCACAUAUUGCAGAGGGAAAUACAGUAUAUCCCCAAAGUGAAGGACAAUGUGGGCAUUGAUGAGUUUUGCCUGGUGGAGGAAAGAGCGACUGGAGAGUGGCAGAGAGGAAGAGUUGUGGGAAAGAAGAAUGAAGUGUACACAGUGCUUCUCAUUGACCGGGGAGAAGAGCUGAGGGUGGAUGGUACUCGCGUAGCCUCCGCUUGCAAAAAGUUAUUUGAACUCCCGCCCAGAGUCAUAUUUGGCAUCUUUGCCAACAUACUCCCAGUUGGAGAGAAAUGGUCUCCCAAAGCUUUGAAUUAUUUCAAGUCACUGGUAGGAAUACAGCUGAAAGGCAAUAUGCAAACUAUUUUGCCUCUUCAAAUGAUUCUGCUUGAGGCACCCAAAGUUAUAUCUGGGGUUCUUGAAUUACAGUUAGGAAGAUUUGUCGAUAGGGAUACAUUUCGUCUCAUUGUGGAAAUCUUAAAGGAAAUCCCCCAGCCCAUGCCAGACUUACUACAACACACAAGACCCGAGACAUCAUUAAGUAGCAAUAGAACUUUGCUUGAUGUUCAGUAUGUCCUAGAUAAUUUCCAGCCAUCUUUACCAGUGGGAGGUUUAGACAGCAUCAAAGUGUCCUGUGCACUGAGCCCCAGUAAAUUUUAUUGUCAACUGCUUAAGCGGAUUCCAGAGCUAGAAGACUUGACAGACUGUAUGAGUGUGCAUUACAACAAAGCUGGUCAAGAGACUAGCCCCACUUGUGAUAAUUUUGGACUCCUGUGUGUUGCUAAAGCGACAAAUGGACAGUGGCAAAGAGGAAUUCUCCAGCAGCUCCUGCCUGAUAAUCAAGUGAAAAUUUGGUUCAUGGAUUAUGGCAGCACUGAGUCUAUACCCUCCAUUCACGUGAAGAAACUGAAACAGGAUUUUCUUUUUGCACCGUUGUUUUCAUUUCCAUGCUCUCUGACAUAUUUACACAGUCCAGACCAAGAAGUAAGAAAACAGCAACUUACUGUGUUUAAGCAAGCCCUCUUAGGACACAUAGUAAAUGCCCACAUUGACUGGUUCAGUGAGGAUGAACGCUUGUAUUAUGUGACUUUGCAGUCUCAAGAAUCUGCAGUUAAUUCUAAGUGCCUGCCUAGGACGAGGGGCACACAAAUACGUUGUUCUGCAUUUGAGUCAACCAUUUCCAAUGCUUUGAGUGAGGCAGGUGCUUUUGAGACAGACAGCUUUGCAGUUGAUAGUUUUAUUGGAAAUGUUGAGCCCUCAGUGGGUGGACUAAAUGAAAAGGAUGACUUAAAAGCAGGUUUUCCUAUUAGAACUGUCAAAAUGGAGACAGAAGCUACCUACAUAGCAUUUGUAGUGAAUGUAUUGAACCCAUCAAGUUUCUGGGUACGCAUUAACAAACAUCAGAACGAAUUUCAAGACAUAAUGAAAACUAUAAAUAAGUUUUAUAAUGCGCCUGAAAAUGGUGAACUAACUCUGAGAAACCCUAAACCUGGACUAUUCUGCUGUGCCAGAUAUAGCAAGGAUAGAUGUUUCUACCGAGCCAUCAUCACUGACAUGAAUUAUUAUCAGGUUAAUGUUUACCUCUUGGAUUAUGGGAAUACUGACUCCAUACCAUUUUUUGAUGCAAAAAUUUUGCUUCCAGAAUUUUGUGAGUUGCCUCCCUUAGCCAUACACUGUUCACUUGCAAACAUAUCUCCAGUCACAGAUGUAUGGAUAAAGGCAGCAACAGAUUAUUUUAAAAAAAUCGUUUCAAACAAAGCAAUUUUGCUUCAGGUUAUAGCAAAAAGAGACAACAAGUACAUGGUGAAUAUUCAGAAUAUUGAAGCCCCUGACAAUAGCGAUGUUGUCUCUCUAAUGCUACAAGCCGGAUAUGCUGGAUAUGCCAGAUCUGCAGAGGUAGCAUCAGAUUCCCCCAGAUCUAGAAGAGACUGUUCAGUGCUAAAGUUAAAAUCUAAAGAUUUAUUUCAUGGUAAAAAUAUUGUGGUCUCUGUCCCUGUCAAAAGACCUAAGCCUGAGAAGACUCAUUCCAGUAAGCUGAAAGAAAACAUCUCAUCUUUUUGCAGGUUCCUGGAUUUAAAUUUUUCUUUCAACUUAUUUUUUGAACCCAACUCAUCACCACCUUAUAAGGAAUAUGUGUUCAAACCAGGAAAACUUCUCAAAGUCAACUGUUCUUAUUGCCAUGGCCCAGGUGAUUUUUCAUGCCAGCUUCAGUGUAAGUUAGAAGAUUUAAAAUUACUGAUGGAACAAAUUCAAGAUUAUUAUAGCAUCCACCCAGAGCCGUAUCAGACUGGGAAGGUGGCUUGUGUUGCUAAGCAUUCCAGAGACGGGAGGUGGUACAGGGCUGCCAUCUUGACUCAAGCAUCAGAACAAGAAGUUGAACUUAUAUUUGUUGACUACGGCAACCAAGAGCGAGUUUUCAUUAAAGACCUCUGUGCUAUCAACCCGCAUUUUCUUGCUUUGGAAGCCCAGGCUUUCAGAUGUUGUCUCAACUAUUUAGUUGAGCCCAUUACUUGUAAACUACUAGACUGGCCAGAAGAAGCAUCCAGAGACUUUAAAAAUUUCAUUUCUUCAUGUGGAGGCUUACUCACCUGUAUCGUGUAUGCCUUAGUUCUCAUACACCCUAGAUGCUUAUACAACUUGGUGGAUUUACAAUCAUCACUUACCAGUGCAAGUGAAUUUCUCCUUCAUCGUGGCUCCACCCACUACAGUGUUUUAUCAAGACCACUCCCAUUUUCAGUUAGUCUUUACAGUUACUAUUACUCUUCCUUUGAUAUAAAGAUUGGAAGUGAAGAAGAUGUGUAUAUAUCUCAUGUGUAUAGUCCCAAAAAGUUCUUUUGCCAGCUUUGUAGAAACAGUAAAGACUUAGAGAUGUUGGAGACAAAAAUCACAGAGAUGAUUAGCCUCAAAAUGUGUUCAAAGUAUGAGUGGAACAGAAUGAGACUGUGCAUCUCUAAAUACAUAGAGGAUGGGCUAUCGUACAGAGCUUUGGUAAAGCCAACAGAGUCGUCUUCUGGCCCUUGUGUUUAUUUCGUGGACUAUGGGAAUGAACAAUUUGUAGAAGAAAAUAUGCUCUGUGCCAUUUCUGAUCAGUUUCCAGAGCUGCUGUUUACACCCAUGCAAGCGAUUCAAUGUUUUCUGUCAGAUCUUCGAGAUAUCGAUAUUCCAGGAGAAAUCAAUAGAUGGUUUGAAGACAAUUUCUUAGGGAAACCAUUAAAGGCUGUAAUACUGUCUAGGGAAUCAGAUGGGCAGCUUGGUAUAGACUUAUAUGAUGGGUAUCAACAUAUAAAUCAGACAAUAAAAUUGCUACUUAAUGUUUAUGGAGAAAAACAUUCUGAACAAGCAUGGCAUGCAGAAAAGAAUCAGAGGUUAAAUCAGGCGUCCCCUCUUCCUUUGAAAGAAAGCACGGAAAGUAACUGUUGCCACGGUACCAUAAAUAAAACUAGCCUCAGAACACAUUUUGUGAACAAAACAGAUCAAUUGAUGCAUCCCCAAAGCAUAUACACCAGGCGUUUGAAGCCAUCCAUUUGUUAUAAAGUUAAACCCACUCCAAAAAGCAAACUGAAGAAGUCCUCGAAGGAUGGAUUCAAACAUGUAAAAUUUGCCCCUGGGUCUGUACACAUUCUUAAAGACAGUGAAAUGGGUCCCACGUCAGGAGAGAUGGUAACAAAAUUAUUUACCAAAGACGUAAAUCAAUCAGCUUCUCAAAGCCUGUGCAUCCUUAUUACACCUCCAAUCACAAAGAGUCCUCAACCCCACGUCAGCCUGAGUACUCAGGUCAAAGGGUCAGUACCCAUUAUCCAUCAUCCAGCCAGUUUUCAUGUUCCACUUGCUGGGAAUAGAAAUAAAGCAACGGAACUCACUGAUGCUCUAAAUGAAAGGACAAGUAGCCAGAAAACUCAGUACUGCCUGAGCCCUCUGGUGAGAGAUCAUGUAGAACACUCUAAUGACCAUGCCAUGUCCAGAGAUGUUUCUAAGAAAGUGUUGCCUGAAGGGUCCUUUGAAGUGGAAGUUUUUGAUCAUGGUAAUACUGCCAUAGUAAAUGGAGCUAAAGUUUAUUCAAUUAACUGGGAACUCUUAACUAUCCCUCAGCUGGGAAUUUAUUCUUUUCUUCAUAGGAUAAGGUGGAAUGGGCCCAUUGAAAUAUGUAAAAGCAAAAUUGCAGAUUAUUUUGCGUUGGCAGUAACUAACAGAACAGUUUCUUGUGAAUUUUUGAAGAUGCAUGAUCAGAAGUGGGAAGUAAAUAUAACCUGUUGCGAUAAGUGUGUCAUCAAGAAAUGUCUGAGGUGGUCACCACGUCCGAAACGACAGAAGGCAGCCUUGCAGACGCCUCAGCUCUCCUCUCACAAAGUUAGCAUCCAUGAAGACAAUGACGGGAAGACAGGAGGAGUAAACACGUGUGAAGGUGCCAUUCUCUUCCAACCAUUCUUCCAAAAGCUGGUUGAAACUCCUUUUGAACUUUUAAGACAUGGACACCUUGAAAAAGAUGAAAUGUUUUACGUUCCACAGAAUGGGCAAUUUCAUGCGACGGUACCAACAAAUCAGAAAGCAUUAGAUUUAGCACUAUUAAUUACCAAUGAAAAGAAAAAUCCCUGUUUAUUAUCAGUGGAUAGUAUUAAAAGGGAGUUAGAAUUUUUGGCAACAUCUAAAAGAUAUUUAAAGUGGUCCCAGCCCCAAACAGAAGAGCAGAGGAUGGGUGAGAAAGUACUUGCUUUUUUAAUAGAUCACGGACGGCACGAAGUAGUGCACAUAAAUAAUACCAAGGUACAUAGUGGUGAGAUCAUAAAUAUUCUAAGGCACGGUGUACCUCAUAAAUGGACUUGGUUUACACAUUCUACCCUUGAGUUCAUUGUGUGUUUAUUUGCUCAUUUGGAAAUGAGCAUCCUUUCCCUGAAAUGUUUAGACCAUGCUUGGGAAGUAAACAUUUUGGUAGAUGGCAUGUUGCUUCUGGCAUAUUUAAAUGUGGAAGAACAGAAACCACGGUCUUCAGGUACUGUUUUUGGUCUGGGCCCUGACACCCUUCUGUCUUCGUGUGCUACCCGGCCAUUUGUUUGGGCACCACUCCAAAAUGGUAGGUGGUAUUGCGGCAUCGCUAUUGCUGUCCACGACCCCUUAGACUUCUGUGUGCAGUUAGAGGAUUUCUUUGAUACAAUGAAAUACCUCUUUACCUUGUUUUCAGACAUGUCAGAGCCCUUGCAAGCGCUGCCUCUGGAGCUCCUGAUUCCUGGUUCAAGUUGCUUGUUUAAAAGUGAGUUUGACGACCAGUGGAGCAGAGCAGAAAUUUCUGAAGUUUCUGAUCAAUCUUUACAUCUUGUUUUGAUUGACUAUGGACUUUCUGUUUAUGUACCUAAUUCAGAAGCAAUAAAUCUUAAAUCUGUACCCGAAAAAAUUAUGAAUUUGCCAAGGCUGAGCUAUCCAUGUAGCCUGUUUGGUGCCUUGCCUGUUACAGGGAAUCUGUGGAAUAAUGAAGUCAGACAGUGUUUUCAAGAUUUUCUGAGCAAACCAGGGCUAGUUUUUCGGUUUCGGGAGUAUAGUCCUGCAGCAGUAUCGGAAGUGGACGUCGUUCAUGAGAACGACAGUGUAGCAGAUGUGCUAGUGGCUUCCGGUCUUGCCGUGCAUCCUAAGGAUUCAGCCCACCCUGGUGGCAUUCCUGCUAGCGGAUCUAAGAAAGCCCGGCGUAAACCACAGAGCCAUCCUGUCUGCCCACUGUUGGGCAAACACUGUUACAGAAAGGAAAGUAUUAAUUACAGCACCGACAAACAAAAGCUACAGAAGAAGCAUACAAAGAGGAGGAAUGUUUCUAGAUGCCUCUUAAGGGAAAGCCGUGUUAGUGAAAAAUUACAUUCUGGAAAUGUAAAACUGAGAAGAAGCGUCGUUGGUGGGAAACUUAACUUCCAAGGUACAAGUUUGUUUGAGAUAUAUGCAGCAGAUGCAUCUGGAGGACCACCUGAUUGUUUGCAGAACGCCACGGGCUGCUUUGAAAGCAUUUGUGAAAACCUAUCAACUGAAGGAUUCCAGGAAAAGAGUUACACAAUGGACCCCAAAGCAGUGGGUGUUAAUGAAAAAAUUUCAGUAGAACAUUUGAAAAUUUAA